CUGUAGGUCUGCCUCAAUCCUCCAUCAGGACAUCAUAUAGAUGUGUAGUGGUGGCCAUGCUGUUUAUUAUCGUGCUACUUGGGAUUGUCUCCGAGGCAGUGGCAGACACCUCGUGUGCCAGGGACAGACUGGGCAACUACUGGUUCGGACCGUCCUGUAGAUUCCAGUGUCACUGCUUUGACAGAAGACAGUGUGACUUCACAACAGGAAGAUGUUCUUCGUCCGGAUGUGACAUGGGCUACUUUGGUCCCGGCUGCCAGUACUUCUCCAUUGCCUACCAACAACAAACAACACAUUCCGGUAGUUCGAGGAGUUCGCCUUCUGCUGUCGACGGUUAUAUGUCGACCUACUCUUUGACAGGAUCUACCCUGAACCCCACAUGGAGCGUUGAGUUCCAACACCCUGCCUGGAUAGUCUGGGUUGAUGUCCUUGUGCCAGCGAAUCACGGAACGCGGGCAAUAUCAAUGAAAACAACAAACAAAGACACGGACAUGCCGUGUGACGCUACGAACGCUUGGAUCACAUCUACGACGUUGAGGGUCACGUGCAGGAACGUCGUCAACGCCACCGUCAUCACACUUGUCGGCACAAACACGACGGAGUCCAAACUGGCGUUGACAGAAGUGUACGUUUACGGAGGCAGAAACAUCGCACUACGGGGAGACACGUCACAAUCCUCAGUAUAUGGUAUUUAUAAUUCGUCUCUUGCGGUGGACGCAGGCAAGUCUACCAGAUUCGAAGAUAGAUCGUGUACCCACACGGCCACUACAUCGUGUCCAGAGGCUGGGACAACAAACCCUAACUGGCUGGUGCGGCUUGGACAGGACUACCAGAUAUACAGAGUAGACGUGUACAAUAGGGGAACAGUUGGAGAGCGCCUCAAUGACUUUCGCAUCCGUUUGGGGAAAGCUGGCAUAAGUGGAUUAAAACGGGUGUACCAAGACACGGCAGGCACAGCGGCGGAAGUGACGUCAGUGCAGAUGCCAGCCAGUCGAACGGCCAACAGACUUGAGGUGACCUUGAGAGGAGAAUGCAAGAUAUUGACGCUAUGCGAGGUGCAGGUGUUCGGGGAUUGCCUAGACUACAUAUAUGGCUUAGCAUGCAACUUCACCUGCAGUUGUCGUGAUCGGGCGGAAGUGUGCAACAAGGUCGACGGAAGUUGCUUGUCAGGCUGCGCAGAUGGUUUUACUGGAGUUGACUGUAAACAAGAAUGCCCUGGAGGAAGGUACGGCUUGAACUGCAGCAACAACUGCAGCAGCAACUGUGUCGAUGGUCACUGUCUUCACGUGGAUGGCACGUGCAAGUGUGUGCCCGGAUGGAUGGGAGAUAGAUGCACAAUCGGCUGUGAGCUUGGGACAUAUGGACAUGAAUGCAGCAACAGAUGCUCCACGUGCAGAGACAUCAUGUGUCACCCUGGCAACGGCACGUGCAUUAUGGGAUGUCAGCGGGGAUGGACUGGAACUCAGUGUACAAAAGAAUGUGACACCGGUACUUUUGGCUGGGGUUGUAACGAGACAUGCGCAGUGAAUUGUGCCGAUCAACGUUGCCAUGGAGACACGGGCGAUUGUGCCAGCUGUAUUGACGGAUGGGAGGGAACGAUGUGCGACAAAGUCAAACAGACAAAUAUGACGACAGUGGCCGUAGCUGUUGUCAUCGUUCUGCUGCUGUUGAUUGCUGUUACCGUCGUCGCCGUUGUUGUGUAUCGAAGGAAGCGACGCCAGAAGCCUCCUGAUGUAGUGCCUUCAAACGAUACGAUGUUGUUUCUUCCUCAAAAAGAGAAGAUCGUUUACGAGAAUGCUGUGAUAUCACCGGUCAACGUUGACAAAGAUUUGGACACCUCGGAAGAAACUCAUGAAGAUAACAACGUCACCAUGGAAACUGAUGUGGAGACCCACGUCAUCAUAGACAAAGCAAAACUGAUCAUUGACGUCACUCCGCGUGCAGAAGAUCACGUGACUGAGGAGGCAGACGACAGCCUGGUGUACUCAAAUAAGAGCGUCACUGACGCCAGUCACGUGCUUGACGUCACAGAUCUCCCUGAUCACAUGACCGCUUGGCGAGGAGACAGCAAUUUCUUCCUGGAAGAAUACAAGUCUCUGCCUCGCGACCUUCGGACCGACAUUCCCCACGCUGUAGGCAUGAAGGAAGAAAACCGGAAGAAGAACAGAUACAAGAACAUCUGCGCAUACGACCACAGUCGGGUAGAGCUACCGUUGAUUGGCGGGGACCCUGACAGCGAUUACAUCAAUGCUUGCUAUGUCCAGGGUUAUUCCAAAGAUGAAAACUUUAUUGCAUCACAGGGUCCAACAAAGAAGACUAUGGCGGACUUCCUCCGUAUGCUGUUGGAGCUUAAAGUGCCAAUAAUCGCUAUGCUGACGAAUGUCAUGGAAGAGGGCAAGCGCAAGUGUGAACAGUACUGGGACCCUGAAGAUGACUUUAAGGUGCAGGACUUCAAGGUCGCCGUUGUAGACACUACAUCGUACGCCCAGUACACAGUCAGAACUCUUCAUAUAACGAAGACAAGCAGCCCCGACCCCCCCAGGUCCGUGACACAGUACCACUUCACAUCGUGGCCGGACAAGAGUGUCCCCACUUCACCAUGGUCGCUCAUUCACUUCCGGAACAAGGUCAUGACCUCUGACAGAGAAAAGGGACCAAUCGUCGUGCACUGCAGCGCUGGAGUGGGCAGAACGGGAACCUUCAUCGGUUUGGACUGGCUGAUGCGAAUGGCUGAAGAGGUUGGUCACGUCGACAUCUACGACUGCGUGGAACGCAUGAGGGAAGACAGAGUCAACAUGGUCCAAACUUUGGAUCAGUACAUCUUCCUGCACGAGGCGCUCGCCAUGUCCGCGCUGCUACCUCCUCCACAGUCAUGUGACGCGUUCCUCAAUCAGCCAACCAUAGACGACGCAGCUAUGAUGUCAGAGUUCAUGAAGCUGAAUUCUUUCAUUGGACUCGACUCCGUGAGGAACACCGAUACCGGCGGGUUUACCCUGAAGUCCAGUGAGAGCAUGACGAGUCUUGCUGAUGAAACUGGGUCCCAAGGUUCUAACGGAGAUGACAAUGACGGCAUGGAUUAUGCUGGUGUCGUCUUUGUGCCGGGGUUCUGGCAUCGCAAGCAGUACCUCCUGAUGGACACACCUGAUCUGACCUCUGCGGAGGAGUUCUUCAGAUGGAUGUAUGACCUUGACAUUCAAACUAUUGUUACCUUGGAUCACGAUAAUCCAAAAUUGUGGCCAGGACUCAAUGAAGUUGCUGAAUUCAACAGCUGUCGGGUGACGUGCACUAGCAUGGAGACACAGGGCCAUGCUAUCAUCAAAACACUUGUCUACCAGGAGGAGGACCUCGAGGCUAAUUUGACCCACCUGACGUGCCCGGGGUGGGCGGACUCCACUAACCUGUCUGACUCUCCCUACAUCGUGCUCGACUUCAUCAAGACGGUGAAGCAAAGCGUCACUUCCGACAGGCCUGUCGUAGUUCAGAGCAGCCCGUCAUACGGUAACGGGGGUAUCCUCUGUUGUGUGUCGACUAUGAUGGAUCAGGCGGAGGUGGACCAGACAGUCGCCAUCCCACACGUCAUCAGUCAAGUCAGAGCCUACAGACCCGAGGUCAUCCGGAGUAUGGCGGAAUACAGUCUGUGCUAUGACUGUGUGAGGAACCACCUGAACGAUACCCACGUUUACUCCAACUACAACCCCAACCCCUAGGUGCUGGUCCUGGGCUGGUGACCUGCUGAAUUAGGGGGUAGUGACGUGCUGAAUUAGGGACUGGUACUAUUCUAAAUGAGGGGGAAGGGUUAGGUUGAAGUGACAUGCCGUAUUAGGCGGUAGAGACAUGCUGAAGUAGGGGUAGAGAAAUGCUGAAUUAGGGGGUAGUGACUUGCUGAAUUGGGGGGUAGUGACAUGCUGAAUAAGGGGGUAGUGACAUGCUGUAUUAGGGGGUAGUGACAUGCUGAAUUAGGGGGUAGAGGCAUGCUGAAUUAGGGGGUAGAGGCAUGCUGAAUUAGGGGGUAGAGACAUGCUGCAUUAGGGGGGUAGAGGCAUGCUGAAUUAGGGGGUAGAGGCAUGCUGAAUUAAGGGUUAGAGGCAUGCUGAAUUAGGGGGUGGUGACAUGCUGAAUUAGGGAGUAGUGAUCAGCUGAAUUAGGAGGCAGUUACCUGCUGAAUUAGGGGGUAGUGACAUGCUGAAUUAGGGGGUAGUGACCUGCUGAAUAAGGGGGUAGUGAUCUGCUGAAUUAGUAGGCAGUGACCUGCUGAAUUAGGGAGUAGUGAUCUGCUGAAUUAGGAGGCAGUGACAUGCUGAAUUAGGGGGUAGUGACCUGCUGAAUUAGGGGGUAGUGACCUGCUGAAUUAGGGAGUAGUGAUCUGCUGAAUUAGGAGGCAGUGACAUGCUGAAGUAGGGGGUAGUGACAUGUUGAAUUAGGGAGUAGUGAUCUGCUGAAUUAGGAGGCAGUGACAUGCUGAAUUAGGGGGUAGUGACAUGUUGAAUUUAGGGGUAGUGACAUGCUGAAUUUAGGGGUAGUGACAUGCUGAAUUAGGGGGUAGUGACAUGCUGAAUUAGAGGGUAGUGACAUGUUGAAUUAGGGAGUAGUGAUCUGCUGAAUUAGGAGGCAGUGACAUGCUGAAUUAGGGGGUAGUGACAUGUUGAAUUUAGGGGUAGUGACAUGCUGAAUUUAGGGGUAGUGACAUGUUGAAUUAGGGGGUAGUGACAUGCUGAAUAACCAUGCUCAACUAGGAGGUGGUGACAUAGUUAAUUGCGGUGUAGAGACAUGCUGAAUUAGGUGGUAGUGACAUGCUGAAUUAGGGGAUAGUGGCAUGCUGAAUAAGGGGUUGGUGACAUUCUGAAUUAGGGAGUAGUGACAUGCUGAAUUAGGGGGUAGUGACAUGCUGAAUUAGGGGGAAGUGUCAUUCUGAUUGGGGGAGGGGGGAGUGACAUGCUGAAUUAAGGGGCAAUGACAUGCUGAAUUAUGGGGUAGUGUCAGAUGCUGAAUGAGGGGUUGGUGACAUGCUGAAUUAGGGGGAAGUGUCAUUCUGAAAUAGGGGGAAGUGACAUGCUGAAUUAGGGGGCAAUGACAUGCUGAAUUAGGGGGUGGUGAUAUGUUGAGUUAGGGGGUAGAGACAUGCUGAAUUAGGGGGAAGUGUCAUUCUGAAAUAGGGGGAAGUGACAUGCUGAAUUAGGGGUCAAUGACAUGCUGAAUUAGGGGGUGGUGAUAUGUUGAGUUAGGGGGUAGAGACAUGCUGAAUUAGGGGGAAGGGUCAUUCUGAAAUAGGGGGAAGUGACAUGCUGAAUUAGGGGUCAAUGACAUGCUGAAUUAGGGGGUGGUGAUAUGUUGAGUUAGGGGGUAGAGACAUGCUGAAUUAGGGGGAAGUGUCAUUCUGAAAUAGGGGGAAGUGACAUGCUGAAUUAGGGGUCAAUGACAUGCUGAAUUAGGGGGUAGUGUCAGAUGCUGAAUGAGGGGUAGAGACAUGCUGAAUUAGGGGGUAGUGACAUGCUGAAUUAGGUCGUGGUGAAACGCUGAAUUAGUGGGUAGUGACAUGCUGAAUUAGUGGGUAGUGACAUGCUGAAUUAGGGGGUGGUGACGUGCUGAAUUAGGGGAUAGUGACAUGCUGAAUUAGGGGGUAGAGACAUCCUGAAAUUAGGGGGUAGACACAUGCUGAAUUAGGGGGUAGUGAAACGUUGAAUUAGGGGGUAGUGACAUGCUAAAUUUGGGGGCGGUGACAGAUGCUGGUCAAACAAGUAACAACUCCCACGAAUGUCCAACAGCCCCUCGCCAUGUUCCGGUUUCAUCUCUGGACGUCGGCACGCCCGUAGAUGAACCAUCUGGCAGUUGUGAACAACCACAGUACACACGAGAGACAUCUUCGACAGACAUACGGAGUUCUUGUCACACUUGCCGCAUCCACGCACUUGUCCAUGACAAAGAACGCGAGCUGUAGUACUUGUCUUCGCUUUCAUUUAUCACUUUUGUCCAUAUUACAAGAGUCAUCUAAUGCAAUGUUUGAACGUCGAACCAGGUUUCAUUGAAUUGAUAUAGUUACUAUACGUUACCGACCUUCAACAAAUGUAAAAAAAAAGUUGUGUGAAGAGGGUUUAUUUACAGAUUUUACACAUGUCAAAUAUAUACAAUCAAUAAAUUACGUGUUCUAUUGUC